UCAAAAAGUCCAAUGGGCCUUCAAGCUAAUCACUUACGUCUGCUAAGUUCUAGGGUUUCCUCAUCGUUCCUCCUAUAAAAACAACAUUUCUGGGGUUUUUUCAUCACUACCGCCGAAACCAAACCAACAAGAUGGGACGAAGACCAGCGAGAUGCUACCGCCAGAUCAAGGGCAAACCCUACCCGAAAUCCCGCUACUGCCGCGGAGUCCCCGACCCCAAGAUCCGAAUCUACGACGUCGGGAUGAAGAAGAAAGGAGUCGACGAGUUCCCCUUCUGCGUCCACCUCGUCUCCUGGGAGAAGGAGAACGUCUCCAGCGAGGCCCUCGAGGCCGCGCGUAUCGCCUGCAACAAGUACAUGGUCAAAUCCGCCGGGAAAGACGCGUUCCAUCUGAGGAUUAGGGUUCACCCUUUCCAUGUUUUGCGUAUCAACAAGAUGCUUUCGUGCGCUGGAGCUGAUAGGCUUCAGACUGGUAUGAGAGGUGCGUUCGGGAAGGCGUUGGGGACUUGCGCUAGGGUUGCGAUUGGGCAGGUGCUUUUGUCUGUGAGGUGUAAGGAUAACCAUGGGGCUCAUGCUCAGGAGGCUCUUAGGAGGGCUAAGUUUAAGUUCCCUGGUCGUCAGAAGAUCAUCGUUAGCAGGAAAUGGGGGUUCACUAAGUUUAACCGUGCUGACUACACGAGGUUGAGACAGUCGAAGAGGAUUGUUCCUGAUGGUGUCAAUGCUAAGUUUCUGUCGAACCAUGGUCGUUUGGCUAACCGUCAACCUGGAAGCGCCUUCAUUUCAGCCACCAGCGAUUAAGGAUGGAGAUGAUUUUUGGUUGUAGAACCUAUCAUCAUCUAGUUUCUGAAUAUCUUUUUGUUUUGUUUUGUUUUCGUUGUAACGAGGAUCCUAUUAUGGUUUCAUUUUGCUAUGACUAUUGCUUUAAGUUCAGUUUAUGGAUUAUGUUUUUUUAUACCUCAAGUUUAUCAAGUUCCUUUCCCA